AUGUCAUCUCCUAUUCAUCCCGCUGUUAUCGUCACAAACAUCAAAGCACUAAUCCCUAUUACUCUCGACAUCGAGAACGGCCAUUAUACAGCUUGGUCGGAGUUAUUUAAAAUUCAUUGCAUGUCGUAUGAUGUAUAUGAUCAUCUUCAGCAGAAGAAAACCAAUGAGACAUCCUCCUCAUCCGAUAAAGACCAAGCUAAAGAUAAGACUACUUCUUCUCCAUCGUGGGAACGUCUCGAUUCCAUUGUAUUACAAUGGAUUUACAGGACGAUUUCCACUGAUCUCCUACACACUAUUCUGAAGCCCAACACCAACGCAUACGCUGCUUGGAUGGCGUUGGCAAAUAUUUUUCAAGAUAAUAAGGCCACGCGUACCAUCGACCUUAAUAACAAGUUUGCCAACACACGUCUUGAACAAUUUCCUUCCAUGAUGGCGCACUGUCAGGUGCUCAAGGUAAUCUAUGAUCAACUCACUAACGUUGGUUCUCCCAUCACUGAGGAACAAUUGGUCUUACAAGUCCUCAUGGGGCUUACGGAUCCAUACGAGAGUACGGCUACUAUUAUUCAACAAACCAGUCCCUUACCGGACUUCUAUGAGACCCGAUCAAGGCUAUGUAUGGCUGAGACACGCAAAGCAAAUCAAGUUCGCAACACAGCUUAA